AUGACCGCAGUUCUCGGCAGUCCAAAGAUCGUCAUAUCAGCCUCCGUGGUCGGUCUCACGUCACACUCACGGGUGAUCGGGGAGUCGACCUGGCCCGAUCUCAUCGUGCCGAAGAUCUCGCUCGAAAUUGGCCUUUACGCUGGCCUUGUCCCCUCAAUCCAGUACUACAUUGCUGAUCUUGAUCACCAUGUAAUUCUCGGCAACGUCGUCUUCUUCAUCGCCCUAGCGAUUCCAAGCCUCCUAUGCUGGCCUUUGCCACUGAUGCAUGGUCGAAAGCCUUAUAUCCUUGGAGGUUUGACUCUCGCCAUGCCACUUCUCUUUCCCCAGGCCAUUGCCGUCUCAGAGCCACGAAGCCCAUCUACAAGCAGCUGGCGGUGGUGGUUGUUGGGAUCUCGAGCAUUGAUGGGGCUGGUUCUUGGCUUUGCGAGCAUGAACUUCCACUCGAUCCUGACCGACGUAUACGGUGCAUCUUUGAUGAGCGCCAGACCACAUCAAGAAACAGUUUCUGAGGAUGAUGUUCGAAGACAUGGCGGCGGACCAGGUGUGUGGCUGGGAAUCUGGACUUGGUGCUGGAUAGGUUCACUCGCCAUUGGGUUCCUGCUUGGUGCAGUAAUCAUCGACAAUACCAACCCUUCGCUGGGCUUCUAUCUUGGAAUCAUAAUGAUCUCGGCAGUUUUGUUCCUCAACAUUAUGGCACCAGAGACGAGGCCGUCGCCGUUUCGAAGGUCUGUGGCACAGGUCCGUUCGGGAACCCGAAUAUGGCAGCGAAUAGGUCGGGGCGAGGUCAAGCUUCAUCGCACACAGUCUGGGCCCAAAUGGUGGGGACAAGAGGCGUAUCACGGCCUGAAGCUGUCUCUCGAAAUGAUCAGGCAGCCAGGGUUCGCCAUUCUUGCACUUUACUCGGCUUGGAUCUACGCCCAAUUCGUCCUCAUCAUAUUGUUACUCGGAUCUUUGACAUCAAAAUACUACCGCAUGAGAGCUUCGUCGCGCCGCCUUGUCUUUGCCAUGCUGUUGCCUCUCGUUGGGGUCGCAUAUACGCUGUCAUCAAGUGGCAGGCCCACACCUGUUGUCAUCCCGGUUGUCUUUGCCGCCGUCUUUGGGUUUCUGUCCUGCCUUGCAGUUUCGGAAUGCAACGGCCUCAUCAUGGAAACUUUCGAUUGUUCCGAUCUCCAACCAGGAAUGACGGGCCCACAGUCCUCCAACUAUUCUUCCUUUCCUCGCGUUUCGGCAGGCUUUGGCGCUGUGCAUAGCCUGGGCUACAUUCUAGCCGCGGGAUCAACCGGCCUCGGAGGGAUGCUGCAGCGCAACAUGGGCCAGCGCAUAGCGACGGGAACUAUGGCCGCUAUCCUGGCGUUCCUGACACUCCUCCUUUCGUCGGCCCUUUUCCGCUUCAAGCAGGUGCAGAUCGUACCAAAGAUGGCUGAGGAAGAGCUCCGCAAGCUCGCGGCGGUUCAGGAGAUGUGCAGCCGGCGCCCAUCGUCCGCAAGCACGGAGCAGGCGGCCAGGGCGUGCCGGGACGCCGAGAGCCUGCGGCGCGCUUUACUUGUCGGACAUCCCACUGGCGUCCGCCGCUGGAUCAAUCUGCUGGAGCUUGGCGCCAUGACACGCUGGACCGAGAUCAGACGCAAGAACAGGCUCAUCGACGAGCGCAUCAAGCACCUCAAUCGUGCCGCGCUCUGGGAGCGUACCGCUCUCUACUAUCAGCUGGCCAACGAGAUCGGAGGUGAGGGCGGCACUAGGCCCGACAAACCCCUUCCCCCCUUGCCCUCAGGGGCGAGGAUGGAUGGUGACACUAGUCGCAGCAGGCAGGGGAACAACGAGGUUCUUGAGGACAUUGAGUUGGUGGACAUGGCGCCGCGGGCGCAUCACAGUCAGGACCGACUUAUUGGCUAGUUUGCACUGAGCUUACAGAAGGGGAUGGAUGGAAUCUGAUGCGGAGCAGUUUUGGCAGUCUGGAGUGUUGCAUGGAACCUACAACCUCAACAUCGUUUACCUCACAUAUCAUUAUACGGUGCUCAGUAAAUAAAGUAGAAAAGAGACAAAAGCCGCAACGGCGAAAAAGGUAAAGCAGUCAGUAUAUAUACUAGGGAUGUAUGUACAGCUGAAGCACAAGAAGAAAACAUUG